AUAAAUUUAGCACUGAACUGGCGGUUGUAUAAAGUCCCGUGGAUUACUAGUUUCAGAAUUAUUUCAUAACAAACUAUUGACAUCAUUAUAGCAACAACAAGUAGUAUGGCAACUAGUAUUGCAUCAGGGCUAUCAAAACGUGGUGAACAUAUCAGAGUGAUGCCUAAUCCACCUCUGUCUGCUGCACACUUUAAAUGUGUUGCCAACGCGUAUGAUCCGGUGAAAAACCCAAAGGGUAUGGUUAAUUUAGGCAGCAGUGAGAAUCACUUAUGUUAUGAUCUUAUUUCAGAGAAGUUCAAAGAUCCCAAGAUGCAUUGCAUUGAACCAUGGAUGAUGCAAUAUUGCAAUACACGUGGGAUUAUUCAGUUGAGACAAGCUAUUGGUGACUAUUUGACAAUGAAAAACAAGACUUCUACUCCAGUUAAACCUGAAAAUCUGUCAGUUUGCAACGGAGUUGAAACACUUAUAGCUGCAUUGAUGACUGUGUUGUGUGAUCCUGGAGAUGGAUUUUUAUGUCCUGCACCCAUUUAUGGGGGUGUACGCAAUGACUUACAAAGAACAGCUAUGGUCAAUUUUGUACCUGUUCAUUUAUCUAGCCAG